UGGAUGUGAUUCGACUGGACUCCCCUUCCAUUGAACACCUCACGUAAUUAAUGAAUGUCCCUUAUUGUUAUAGAUCAAGACUGAUUUCAGCUGGCUUCUCUUUUUUUUGUUAUAGAUCAUAGUGGGUGUAGUAUAUGUACUUGCGUACAUAUAUAAUAAUACAUCAACUUCAAUUGUUUAUAUGGCAUCCAUCCAAAUUAUUAUGCAUCUAUUUUCGGUAAACAAUAAUGAAUGUAGUUUGAAUACCAAUUAUCAGACGCCAAGGCUACAGCGAUGCGAGCUGAACGCUAAUCUUUUCGUAAACACUCGCGGAAAUACCGAGGAAAUCAAGUCAUUUAAGUGUCACCAAAUAAGUUUUGCUGUUCGAACAUCAUAGUUCUAUUUUCAAUGUUCACGUCUUUCUGUGAAUCCAUGACAAGCUCAUACCAACGUAGGUAUGUGAAUUAGGCGCCAGCGUUGCCACCUCCCUGACUGUUGUUGGAGGUUAUAGGAUUAUUUCUCCCUUUUUGAGAAACUCUGUGAUUACGAAAUCUCAGGAAUAAUAACGGAGGGUUUAGGGGUGAUAUUUCCUUGAAAGGAUGAUCUUGUAGUGUUCAAGAUUAGAGAGUUUUCUUUAAAAGGAAAAUACAGAUUAAUUAUAUUACUCUUAAAGGGAUUACAUACCUCGAUCUUGCUUGGUUAACACAGCAAUGAUGAUGGAAACUGUAUAUGCUUCUGGAUGGUUUUAAUUGUAAUUUGUUUAAAACCAAAAUAACAUUAAUGUUUCUAAGCAUUAAAAUUCAACUCUUCACCUGUUCAGAUAUAGAAAAUUAGAAAAUCGAUGAAAUGUAUUGCAAAACCGAAGACAACAUAAUCAAGACCGAGGACUUGAAAUUUGAUUGUUCCCAACUAGGAGGUGUAGGAAAGGUUGCAUUUCAGUUGAUGAAGAAACAUGGGAAGAAACCUGCGCAAAUUUUAGCAGAGACAGGAGAAGUAGAUUGUUUCGAAUCUCUUUUGGAGCGCAGUAUUCGUAUAGCUUUGGCAUUACGGAAAAAGGGCAUAAAAAAAGGAGAUAUCGUCACAGGAUGCUCUAGCAACCACCUCAAUGCUUGUGUUCACAUACUGGCCUCGUUUUUCAUUGGAGCAAUACCAUGUUCUUUAGAUCCUACCCUAUCAGCAUUUGAGUUUAAACAGCUAAUAGCCCAAGUGGAACCAAAGAUUAUCUUCACAGUACCUGAAUCGUUGAAGAUCAUCACAGAGAGUUUAAGAGAAGUUGAUUUACAAGCAGAAAUCGUAGUAUUUGGUGAAGUUAAGGGAUAUACUUCAUUUGAAGAAUUCAUUCAGCCACAGGAAGAUGAGUCAAGUUUUGAACCAAUCCACAUAGACAACCCUGAAGAGACAGCGAUAAUCUACUUUAGCAGCGGCACCUCGGGCUUUCCCAAAGGAGUGUGCCUGAACCACUACUAUUUCUUUAAUCACUCACCUUUAGUUCCCCCAUCGUAUCCCUCCAACUCAGACAUAGACGAAGAAAGAAGAGACUACGAGAUGACAAUUCGCAAAAUCGGAACCUGCUUCUUGAACUAUGGCUCCAUGUACUGGGGUUCCGCAGUACAGGGGCUGUUUCUUUCUAUUGUGAUAGGAAUGUGUCGACUGGUGUGCAGUAAUUUCGAUGCGUUGCAGUUUUGGGAGCUAGUUGAUAAGUACAAGGUAUCUGGUACUCUGCUGACACCUUUCCAAAUUACCCAACUAGUGAAAACUGGAAAACCUGAACAUGCUCACCCUCAAUGCCUUUUGAGAAUAAUAACUGGAGGUUCAUCUUUGGCAAAUACGUACUUUUUCGCUCUUCAAGAUAUGCUGCCAAAUACCGAUAUCCUACAGUCAUACGGACAGACAGAAAUUGGUAUAUUGGCUGCUUUCCAAAUUCACAAUAAAUCACAAAGGGAGUUUUACAAGUUGCACCCGGAUACUGUUGGGCUACCGAUCAAAGGGGUUACGUAUAAGGUGGUAGAUCCUAACACAGACGAAAUCCUUGGACCAAACCGAGAAGGUGAACUUAGGGUGAAGAGCAAGACAGUAAUGAAUGGGUACUACAACAGAAGCUGUGCUAACCGAUAUGACAAAGAUGGGUGGUUUCGAACGGGAGAUGUUGUUAAAUACGACGAUAACUUUUACUUCUAUGUCGUUGACAGACUUAAAGAAAUGCUGAAAUACAGAGGCUGGCAUAUUGCUCCAGCCAUCUUGGAAUUAGAACUUUCUCACCAUCCUGCAGUCAAGCAAUCUGCUGUGAUAGGAAAACCACAUGACGAAGAUGGCGACCAUCCCUUAGCUAUUAUCGUCUUGGAGGAAGGCCACGAAGGAACCACUGCUAAGGAAAUUGAGGAAUAUAUUGCAGGAAGAGUAGCGGAAUAUCAGAAACUCCGAGGAGGUGUUAAGUUCGUGAAAGAUAUUCCGCUGACGCCAUCAGGGAAGAUAAAACGGCGAGAGUUGAGAAGAAUGGUACUCGAUGAGUUGAGAUGAUAACACCUUCAAUUGAGGCUAAUUUCGUAUGUACUAGUGCUAUUGUUGAGUUAAAAUUGUAAAUAUAUAUUUUAUACUGAUCUCC